UGCAGUUCUAAAGAACUUUCAUUUCAUCAAGGAGGGAAUUGGGGUGAUAUCUUUCGUUCAUAUUGGCUGAAAGAACUUGAUUAACAUGAAUUCUCAUUACAGUUGAGAAACAGAAAAUGGAAGGAAGGGAGGGCAUGUCUUACACUCCAGCAGUUCCAGAAGGAAGACAUGAUGAUCAAAACCUUACCUGCCAACAGCCAAGAAAGAGGAUGAACAAGAAGAUCAUGAACAAGAAGAGAUUUAGUGAUGAACAAAUCAAGUCACUGGAGUCCAUUUUUGAAUCAGAGACGAGGCUCGAGCCUAGGAAGAAGGUGCAACUGGCAAGAGAGCUUGGGCUGCAACCACGCCAGGUUGCCAUAUGGUUUCAAAACAGAAGGGCUAGAUGGAAGUCAAAACAUAUAGAGCAAGAAUACAGAAAACUGAGAGAUAAUUACGAGAAUUUAGCAUCUCAGUUUGAGUCCUUAAAGAAAGAGAAGCAAUCCUUGCUCAUACAGUUGCAGAACCUAGGUGAUCUGCUGAGUGAAAACCAUGAUGGGAACGGGGAGAUCAGCAGCAAGGGUUUGGAAGGAAAUAGCACAGCAGGUAGAUCAGAUGAUGGAAGUUCUGACAGUGAGACUAAAGCAAAGUCGAGUUGCUUCCAGAAAGGAAUGGAACACAAGGGAGUAAUGAUCCCAAAUGAAGAGGAGAAUGGCGUUGGAAGCUUUGGGGAGGAAGGACACGGAUUUCUGAACAGGACCGAACCAAAUGGUCCCUUAGCAUCACUCGACGAAUGGUACAGUACCUAUGAUUCAGGUGGUCUUCUUGAUCACUUAUGUGGCAGUUCAUACUGGCUGAAUUCUAGGAGUUGAAAAAUGCACCUCGCUCAACUUGAAUGAAAGAUCAAAAGAAACACAUGCAGGAGAGAGGGAAUGUGAAGUGGAUGGCUCAAGUACGUCUUGAAUUUUUUGCCAAGCAUCCAAAACUAUGUUAGAUUGGAAACCUCACACUGACAUGAUUUGGCCAGAAAUUAAGAACAAAAGUAAAUUUCAGAACAGAGAGAACUCAGAGAGAAGUGAAGCCGGCGAAGAGGAUUAGCCACUAGUUAGUAAUUAGAGGUUCGUUCAGACAUGUAUGCCAGCGUGAGUGUGUGCAUGUUUUGUGAGGCAAGAAUAUGUAAGUCGUAAAAGUCUGAAGAGCAUCAAACGAUAUAGAGAAUGUUUGAGAUGAUUGCUUGAAAAAUAUAGCAUUAUAAUGUUUCAUUAUAUUGAAAUAUGUAAAUAGUUAUUUUGUAA